UAACGGAAAUGGCAUUGAAAUAAAAGAUUGCAAAACCAGAAAUGGAGCUCCAAAUGACCACAAUUGGAAAAUUUACGAAAGCAAUUUGUUUCUUUUUGUUUUAAACCACACGUAUGUUACCAAUAGCACAGUGUGGUUAUUUGCACCAUUCAACCACUAAUGUAGCAGUCACUAUUUCAAGACGUUCAUAGAACAGAUGUGGCAAGAGCCUAAUCUCACAUCCGCAGUAGCAGUAGGAUUUGGUGCUCAGGAGAUUGUGGAUUCCAAGCUCUCUGAUAUUCAUUGAGGUCACUGGUUCCAAUAAUCGGAAGGAUCUAUUUGAUAAAAUGAAGGAUAAUCGUUAUGUUGUCAAAGAUCAUGAACGUUUUGUAUGUUGAGUGUGUGUUUAAGUAUGUAGGAGAGGAGCAAGCAGGAAGUUGUGACACGGUUCUAAGGCUGACACAGGAGGUAACCACUGUCUCUGGCUUGCUUCUGACUGCAAACAUCUCUGGAUUGUCUUGACCAUUAGAGAAUUGAAACUACAAGUGGAAGACAGCUUCAGUAUAUUCAGUGAGCCCAAACUACCACGUGCACUUCAACAGAAAGAGCUUUGGCUAUUUAUUUAUUUUCCAUUUAUGGAAGAGAUUAAAGACAACUGCUACUCAGGGCUAUGAACAUCUCCAACGAGACUUCCAAUUACUUAAUCUAUCCAGUGAAGACUUCAAUUUAUCUAAUUGAUUUAGUCUGCAGUUCCACGUGCAGUUACAUGAUAACACGUACAGUGCAAGAGAAUGUGAUAUUGAAAGAAGACUUUAAAUACUUUCUCCUGUGCCAGUAUCUUAUAUGUACUUCCCUGUAUUUCACCCUGGGUACAUUGACAAACAGCUUUCAUCUGUUCCACAUCAACUCACCCAGGGUUAUUUGCUGGAUCUUGUUUGCUGUACAAAUUACAUUCGCACAAUCCAUCAUGUUAACUUUAACCCUACUAGCCUUCAACACUUGUAUUGCCAUUUAUUGGCCUCUGAGCUACAAAUCAUUUGUGAGUUUAGCAAAAAGGAAGAUAAUAGCAAUAUUUUGGGUUCUGUCCAUGUUCAACCCAUUCUGGUUAUCCAUAUAUGAAAGCUGGGGUAUUAGUUUAUCAUAUGUAACUGCAAAGGAUGACACCUGCCCAAAUGCUAUGGAUGGAACUGUUUCCAGAAUAGCUGGGAUGGUGUUCAUUCUUCUGUGCUUCCUAUUGAUUGUAUUCAGCUACGGUUUAAUAUACAGGGAAGGAAAAAGAGCUGGACAUUUUAACAGCUCCAAUUGUCGAGCCAGAAAGACGAUUCUUAUCAUUGGUGUGCAGCUAAGCCUUUUCAUUGUACCUGUUUUGAUCACUUUAGCCCUAGCUAAAGAGGACCACACAACUUUUUAUCUGCUUAAUGUUAGUGUGUUUUCUGUGGCCCAGUGCCUCAGUCCUGUGGUGUACGGCCUCAGAUACAAAGAACUCCGCAAUAAAUUGAUAGCCACAUGGUUCUUCUGCUGCACCAGUAAGAACAGUGAUGUUUCCCAGUUGAGUGGAAGCAUUGCUUCUAGAGAUGCGAGUGUUUCACAGAGCAUCCAAGUUUGCAAUCUAUGAACUUUCCUGUUGACCCAACCAGACUAAUAAUGGAACAGAUUGCAAAAUAUAGUUGUAGCAUUUUAUAAAUGUUUCAGACCUUUGUGAGGGGAUCAAGUUUUGGGGGUAAUAAUAUUAAAAUAAUUAAAAUUCCUGCAUUUGAUACAGCAAAUUU